AGUCUUUAAAGGGGACCUCAAUGUCAAUUCAGAAGUAAAAGCGGUGGAUUAAUGGGAAAGUCUUAGAUAUCCUAGUUCAUCGGGAUGUAACGUUUGAGGUUCCAUUCAGAUGGAACGUCGGCUGAACUACCAUAUGUAGCUUUACGUAAAUUACAAUCCGACGCCCUACUUCCGAAACUACCGCAUUACGAGGUUCCCUGAACGCCUCAACAUGCUUACGGAACCUCCACGUUAGGGCAACAUCUUCGCCCUCACCGGUUCCGCGUCCCCAUGCUGACGUCGGAAUGUCGAGGCGUCAGGUCAUGGCUUUGAGGCUGAUCCAGAGGUUUCCGCUGCAGAGGCAUUAUGGGAUUCAACGCUUCCUUCCGGUGGGACCAGUCUGCACCGCCGGGCUCCCAGGGGCCACCGGCGAAGGUCAUCCCUCCUGUGUGGCCUGCCUGUACACCUCGGCCGGCAGCUGCAUCCGGACACGGGGCUGCGGGACGAGGACCCUGACCACCAUGGCGAGGGAGCCGUCCUUUGUGGCCAGCAGCAGCAGCUCCGUGGGACUCCACAAAGACUCGGCCCCUCGGUUCCGCCUGACCCAGCUGCACCGGCCCACGGCUGAAGAGGAGCAGGCUUUCCGGCGGCGUCUCGUGGCCUGCUCCUCGUCCCGGCAGGUCCUCGCGCUGCUGCCCGCCGCGGGCGUCGUGUCUGACACCAUGGCGGCCGCCGCGCUUCACCGGGUGGCCGACCUGGAGCAGGAGGGCCGCUCCCUGAAGGACCCCGCGGUGCUGGAGAAGGACACCAUCAAGGCGCUGUGCUUCCAGCUGGAGCAGGACUCCGCGCGGCUGACAGACGCCGGGCUCGUAUCCGCUCUCCUGGCGUGCACCCGCCUCUUCUUGGAUCCGCGCAGCGCGCUGAUGGAGCGGCUGGCGUUCGAGAGCCGGGAGCGAUUGGGCAGAGGGCAGAUGGCCGUGGGGCAGCUGUGCACCUUGGGCCGGGCCAUGAUGGCAGCGGAGGGUCCCGGCUGCGCCAUGCUGGAGCAGGUGAUGGAGCAAAUCCAGAAGCAGAAGCCGGCCCAGUGGAGCCUCGCAGAUCUCACCGCUGCUUAUAGAUUCGUGCAAGGUUACGUGGGUCAACACGGAAAACACCGCGACCUGCUGAACGCCAUGCACUCGCACGCCGUGACCAUCGCCUCCAGCAUGGAUCCUCCCGCCGUCAGCGGGCUCCUCGGCGCGCUCGUGACCCUUAACCAGACGCAGGCCAUGCCUCUCGUGAUCAAGCUGUGCAAGCAGGCCGUACGGCACGUGCCUCACUUCACCGACGAGGAGCUCGCCGUCGUGCUCGGGGCCUUGAUGCACUUUGGUCACAGCGAUCACUACUUGGUGGAAGCGGUGGAGAGGUACGCGCCCACCGUGACCUUCACGUCCCACCCAGAGACGGUCACCAAGGUGAUUCAGUUCUUUGGCCGGAGGAACAUCUUGUCCCGGCCCGUGUUUGAUGCGGUGGCAGAGAGCUUCGUGUACCGAGCGGACGACUACAGCACCGGCCAGGUGGCCGCGCAGAUCGUGGCGUUCGGAAAGCUCGGCUACCUUCCCCCCAACGCCAGCGAGGUAUUCAGGAAAGUCGAAACCAUCCUGCGUACGCGCUUCUCCCACUUCCAGCCGCGGACGCUGCUCGACCUGCUCCACUCCUGCACCCUGGUGGAGAGAUUCCCGGUGAACUUUGUCUCCAAAGUAUUCAGCAGUUACUUCCUACAGCAACUGGAAGAGGACGGGACCGGAAUGGACCGGAUUGUCCGCGCGCAGCUGACGCAGCUCUACAUGACCAUGAAGCUGGAGUGUCCUUUCUAUGAGGGUCCCCGGCUGCACUCCAAGUACUGCGUCAAGUCCUUCCUCAUGCACGGACGCUUUGUGGAGACGCCGGUGGACGUACAACUGUACAACUCUGUGAAAAGUGGACUGGUGGAUUUGCUCGGGGGUCGUUCCUACUUUGCAUCCAAAGUUCUGACACCGUACUGCUAUUCGCUCGAUGUGGAGAUCAAACUCGAUGAAGACGGCUACGUGCUGCCUGCCAGUAACACGGAUGUGUACAAAAGGAUCGCCCUCUGUAUCGACGGGCAGAGGAGGUUCACUACGAACACAAGGCAGCUGCUUGGGAAAGAGGCCAUCAAGCAGCGACACCUGAGGCUUCUGGGAUAUGAAGUUGUUCAGAUUCCUUACUUUGAAUUUGAAAGACUGCAAAACAACACCAGCGUGGUGGAGUAUCUGCACCAAAAGAUCUUCCCUCACACUUACAGGCUGAGCUGGUGAUGAUACAAAGGACAGUGCUGCGUUCACUUUAGCGGAGCCCAAAGUCAUUUAAAGAAAUCUAUAUUUAUUUUAUUUUUUCAAGUAAAAGUAAUUCAUUUCUAAGUUAUUAACAAUGCAUCUCUACAUAUUUAAAUUGGCAAUAAAAGUGAAUUUUGUAUACA